AUGGGAAACCUUGCCGUUACACUGGGGAAGCGUGGUCAGUUGGACGAGGCAGAAAAGCUGGGGCGAGAUGUACUCGCGGUGCAGCUCGAGAUCCUUGGAAAACGACACCUGGAUACCAUAUCGGCAAUGGAAAACCUUGCCGUUACACUGGAGAAGCGUGGCCAACUGGAGGAAACCGAAACGCUGGAGCGAGAUGUACUCGCGGUGCGGCUCGAGAUCCUUGGAAAACGACACCUGGAUACCAUAUCGGCAAUGGGAAACCUUGCCAUUACACUGGAGAAGCGUGGCCAACUGGAGGAAGCCGAAAAGAUGAGGCGGGAGGUACUUGCUUUGCAGCUUGAGACUCACGGACAGCGUCAUCUGGAUACCAUAUCGGCGAUGAGCAGCCUUGCCGUUACACUCUAUAACUGUGGUCAGUUGGACGAGGCAGAGAAGCUGGAGCGAGAUGUACUCGCAUUGCGGCUCGAGAUCCUUGGAAAACGACACCUGGAUACCAUCUCGGCGAUGCAUAACCUUGCCGCUACCCUCUGCGAUAGCGGUCUGUUGGACGAGGCAGAAAAGCUGGAGCGAGAUGUACUCGCGUUGCGGCUCGAGAUCCUUGGAAAACGACACCUGAAUACUAUCUCAGCGAUGAGUAACCUUGCAGUUACACUCAGCGAUCGCGGGCAGUUUGACAAGGCCGAAACAAUGCAGCGCGAGGUGCUUGCAUUGCUACUCGAGACACUUGGGCUGCAAAGUCCGGAAAAUAUCUCAGCAAUGAGCGAUCUUGCCGCUAUACUCCACAAGCGUCGUGAGUGGGGCGAGGUGGAAACGAUGCAGCGGGAAAUACUGGCCUUGCGGCUCAAGAUUCUCGGACGAAGCCAUCUAGACACUAUCUCAACAAUGGCCAAUCUUGCUAGUGCACUCUACUGGCUUGGUCGGUUAGAUGAGGCUGAAGGGAUAGAGCGAGAGGUGCUUGCCUUGCGACAGGAGCUGCUUGGACAGGACCACGUAGACACUAUCUCGGCAGUGAAUAAUCUCGCCGCUACACUGCGCGGCCGUGGUCAGCUGGAAGAGGCUGCAAAGUUGCAGCGACAGCCUUUCAGCUCCUCGUUUGAUCCUGAAAUAACAUUCUCAAGUCAACUUGAAGAAUCUCGAGGUCUCACGUGA